UUCCUUUUUAUUUGCCAUAGGUUUUACGAAAUUUGUCCUUUCGCUGGGUGCUUGUGUCAUUGUGGCUACGACUUUGGACACGCAUACACAUUGAGUUGCAGUAGGGCGGCUUCCUCAGGAGAAGAGGAGGAACGGUGAUUUGAGCCGGAUAUGGAUUCCCCAGGACUCCCGCCUGGUUCGCCAAUGUUUGAUGAUGACGAUGAAGGAACAUUCCCAUGUAAAGGAUGUGGAAAGAUACUGGAGGAAGGGAAAGCUUUCGAAUUGUCGGGAAACCGAUGGCAUAUCGAGUGCUUUCGGUGCAACAAGUGCCAGACAUUACUGGACUCGGACGCAAACUUGCUAUUGCUGGGUGAUGGCUCUCUCAUUUGCAACAAUUGCACUUAUAGCUGCACAGCUUGUCAUAACAAGAUCGAGGACUUAGCUAUCCUGACAGGAGAUCAGGCCUUCUGCGCAGGAUGCUUCAGAUGCCGGAAUUGCAAACGUAAGAUCGAGAAUUUGAAAUACGCUCGGACUUCGCAAGGUAUCUUUUGCAUGAGCUGUCAUGAGACGCUAAUGGCUCGCCGGAGGAAACGGGGGAAAGUACAGAAAACCCCUACAAUGGGGAGUAACGCCCCCUCGCCGAUGCUUUCCUUAGAUAAAUCGCUCCCGUCUUUACCUCUCUCACCUAGGCCUCGCCCUCCAGUAAAUAGGACAGCAUCUUCAAAAUCUGGCCAAACCCCGGACCAAUUAUCUCCUCUUGGGUUCUCCGCUGCAGGAAAUGAAUUACGAUCGGCGCCUAGGUCUCACAGAUAUUCAAUGAACUCGCAGGUAUCGGAGCAUUCAGCAGAUAGUGCCGGCUAUGAUCCGUAUUCCUCAUUUAUUCCGGUCGCCCUCGAUCCUUCACCUGCUCCGGUCACUCUACCAAGUACGGCCUACCGACCUAAUAGAACCUCCUCCUAUGACCCUUACUAUCAAGAAAGAUCUAUGAGGGAAUCUCCGGGUAAUGCGAGACCAUCAUAUGAGCGCAAAAUCUCAGAGCCAACAUCCUACCGGGAAACCGAAAAGAGCAGGCCACCACUGCCACUACACAUCGCAUCUCAGGAGAAGGGUCGCCAAAUUCCUGGAAGUGGAGAUGGUAUGGAUAUGGAAAUGGGGAGGAGAUCGGGAGAUUCUGGUAGGAAUGGUGGGGAUAAGAAGGAAAAGUUAUACUUCAACAAGGAUCUAACCUCAACUUACAGCUCUCCGUAUAUCUCAAGGGAGCCAUCCAAGCAAGAGCCCGAUUCUGACACUGCCAGUACCAAGUCUAGGAGCACCGUCCUUGCCAAGGACUCACCCGGACAUGCGCAGGAAAAGGAGAACUUUAAGCUCGGAGAGGUGCCGCGGGAGAGGAAGAGGUCAUUGGGCACACCAAAGAUCAUGGAUGGGGAGGAGCUAGAUCCCCAUGAGAUAUCAGUAUCAUUCUUGCCCAUGGAUUUGGAAACUGCGCCUUCAGUGGCUGCCCCCGAGAUACCGCCCCGUGGGGAUUCAUAUAACCUGCCUAUUUCGCGCGGGGAUUCGCCAACUUCUGUUGCUAGGAAGCCCGUCGAUUUAGAAUCACCUGUUCAUUCGGCUUCUUCCUCUGGACAUUCGCAGCGCUCCCAUGGAACAUCCGGAUCCAAUGCUUCUGCAAUUACAGCUGCAGAAUCACCUGAGGUUGGGCUGGGAGCCAAGGAUACUACCGAUUCUAAACCACGAGGGAUCAAGAUCAAUACUACUACAACCGUUAGCAAUAUUACUUAUCAGCAGGAUCCUACUUUCUCAACUCAAACUACACUUGACCAGCAACCGGGGGCCCCACAGCCUCCGUCCACUGUACAUGCCUCGGGCUCUUCUAGUUUUAGUCCACAGGGGGAACCGGUAGGUCUAGAUGGGUCGGUAUUGCCACCACCGUUCAAGUCGCCUGUUAGCGAUUUGAGCAUGGAAGAGGAUAUCGCAAGGGUUUUUGGUGGUGGAGAUACAUCGGCAUCCAUACUUCGGCGGGUGUCGAACGCUGUUAUGCAUGGAAGAAGUUUUAGCGAUUUGGCUACUAGAACGGGAUCGCCCCCCAAGUGGCCAAGAUCACCAAGUGGAGGGGAUCCGGGAUACCUUCCGUUUGAGGGCGACAUUACUAGUCCGACGUUGUCAUUAGGUGGGAAAGACGAUACCCUUACCCUAAAGCACGAACUUCGACGUUCGAUGCAAAGAAUCGCCGAGCUUGAGGCCCGUCUUAACAGCACUGCCUCAGCGAAAGUGUUGGAUUCAAAUAUUGCUGAGAAGAGAAAUACUGUGGCUUUGCUGGAAACGGAGCGUGAGGCGUUUUUGCGUGAGCUAAUGGUAAUCAAGGAGCGGGUGGACGCUGCUAAAGAUGGACAACCUCUUAAUAUGGAAGAGCUGAAGUCCGAUCUUAUACACGGAUUAACUCGGGAGCUAGAGGAUCUAAAGAUGACUUUGAAGUCAGAGAUUCAAAGCCUCGUAGCACAAAGGGAUCAGUUAACCGAAGAAGUCGAAAAUUUUGCUCGUCUCAGAGACCAGGCUAUACAGGAUACUGAGCAGCUAAAUUUGAAGAAUGCGCAGCUUGCUGACUUGAAUAACGAGCUCACCCGACGUAUCCAAGGCCAGUUCAAGGCAAACAAAACACCUGUAAAUGGGUUGGGUAUCUAUACUGGCAAUGCCGCCGACUUGCUUGAUAUCAAGGACCAAAACGAAAAACGGCCCUCUACUGCAACUGCGACGUCCGCAUCAUCUUCUAACAUGGUGGGCCAAAUCAGUGACACCACGCACAUCCAUCAUCACCAUGAAGCUACUGAAGUCUUUACCGCUCAGAAGGUUACUUCUUUGAAGAAUGGACCGCAGAUCAAGAAGACUUUCUGGAAGAAGGGAGGUGCUGUUAUGAAGGGGGCGGGAAAGGGGGUUAACAAGCUGUUUGCAGGUUCUGAUCAGAGAGAGGGUUGGCCCGGUGAUCAUCCCAAUGGCGUUGAUUCGCCCGGCAGUAUGAAGCCCGGAGGGCCCGAUACACCCGGGGGUAAAAUAUUUGGCACACAGAAGAAAUGGAUGAAGAAUAAAGGAGGUCAAAACGGGCUCGGCGCGGCUGGAUCUACUGCUACUAUUAGUGAUGGUGUGCUUCCACUCUUUGGAACGGAUCUCGAGCAACGUGCCGAGUACGAAGGCAAUCGCAUCCCCAAUGUUGUCCAGAAGUGUAUCCAAGAGGUUGAAGUCCGUGGAAUGGACUUUGAGGGUAUCUACCGUAAAUCUGGUGGCGCCUCGCAAAUGCGCCAUAUCCAGGAGGCCUUCGAGCGUGGUGAUGAUGUGCCGUUUGAUAGCAAUGUUGAUAUUUGCGGAGUUACCAGUGUCCUGAAACAGUACUUCAGGAACUUGCCUAAUCCUCUGCUGACCUAUGACAUUUAUGAACGCUUUGUGGACACUACUACCGUCUUUGAGGAGGAAACCCGCAUCAAAAUCGUCAAAGACUUGGUCGACGAAUUACCCCCCAUCCAUCGCGACUGCCUGCAAUUUGUUAUUUUCCAUUUAGCAAGAGUCGCCGCCCGAAGAGAUGAAAACCUAAUGAACGCCCGUAAUCUGGCAGUAGUCUUCGCCCCAACUCUCCUACGCUUCACCAGCGAUGAACGGGAAAUGACGGACAUGCACGCGAAGAACAAUGCCAUACAGUUCCUCAUCGACCACAACGAAUCCAUUUUUUAAUCAAUGAAAUUAAAAACCCGCCACCCCCCGAAAAAACAAAAGAAUGGGGGAUCUAUUUUCUUUCGUUUUUUACCCCUCCCCCCAUUUUUUCAACCCGAUCCCGAAGCUUUUGCCUGUAUUUUUUUCUAUCAUACUAUCAUACCCUUUUUUCCACUAGCAGGGUCUUGGUUGUGAUUUGCUUUGCUAGCUUGUAUUGUGUGCGCGUGAGCGGACAGGGGCGUUA